AUGUCUCCUGAUCCUAGGUCUCAGCAGUUGGAUGAAGAAACGCCUUUGCUUCAUACGGAGGGAAAUGCGCCGGCGAAAAAACUGCAGACACCUUUACCAUGGCGUCAGUUCUCGAUGCUCCUAGUAUUGCAGAUCGCAGAGCCAAUGACCGCGUAUGUCAUCUCCCCUUUUGCGCCUCAGCUCAUUCGUGACAUUGGGAUCACCCAUGGAGAUGAAGCCCUAGUUCCGUUCUACGUUGGGCUGUUACACUCGCUGUUCUUUGCAACAGAAGCACUCACCAUUUUCCACUGGAGUCGUCUUUCUGAUUAUGUUGGUCGCAAACCUGUCGUGCUAAUCGGACUGUUCGGACUUUCCCUCUCUAUGAUCUGCUUCGGAUUGUCCAAGACAUUCUGGGGCUUGGUGUUAAGUCGUUGUCUCAAUGGCGCACUCAAUGGUAACAUUGGCGUCAUGAAAAGCAUGACAGUUGAAAUGACGGAUUCCACUAAUGUCGCCCGCGCAUGGGGAUUCCUUCCUCUUGCCUGGUCUAGCGGUACCACACUUGGACCAUUCAUAGGCGGAGAACUUGCGCGACCUGUGGAUAGGUUUCCUGGUGUCUUCGGGCGUUCUGAAUUUCUCAAGACAUAUCCUUAUUUCUUGCCGUGUGCAGUCCCUGCCACUGUGUCAGCGUUGUCGUGGAUUGUCAUUUUUCUUUACUUGAAGGAGACCACAACUCCGCAAGCAACCAUAAAUCAACUUCUGCCUUGGAAAAAGCGCAAGGCCGUUCCUUCACCUGCUCUAGAAUCCCCGCCAGCAUCAUCUUCGAUCAAUAAGCCCGUCCCCAUUCGAGACCUUUUCAUUCGCCGUGUCUUCAUCGCAACUGGGAGCUACGCCGGUAUUGCCCUCGUUGAUAUCUCAUUUCGCACCGUACAACCCGUCUUCUAUGCUACUCCCAUAUCCCUGGGCGGUCUGGGACUCGAUCCCCCAACCAUUGGAACCAUCCUGGCAAUCCAGGGGAUAAUAAGUGGCCUAAUCCAGCCAUUGGCCUUUCCCAAGCUUCAUGACAUCAUGGGUCCAAGAAACCUUUGGCUAUUAUCUGUGGCUAGUUCCGUGCCUAUGGUCGCUCUCUUCCCGGCCUUGAAUACACUGGCGAGAUCUAGUCAGAGUGUAUGGUAUUUGAUGGGACUACAACUAGCUUUUCUGUGCUGCACGAAUUUCGCAUAUUGCAUCUCGUUCAUGUAUAUCAACGCGGCUUCACCUAAUCGAGCGUCCGUUGGCGCGACAAACGGGUUUGCGCAGGUGGUCGUUUCUGUGAUGCGUGCUGUUGGACCAGCUACAGCCAACACUGCGUUCUCGAUAAGCAUCGAGAAACAGUAUCUUGGAGGGAAUCUGGUGUAUUGUGUGAUGGGAGGUAUGGUGUGCAUGGUGAUGGGCGUCGGCGUCUUGUUACCUCGCACCAUGUGGAAUGACUAA